AUGGCUAAUUCAAAUGACAACAACAAUGAGGUUGUCACUCAAAUGGAUUGUUGGUAUAGAAUCUAUAAGAAUGGUCGAGUCGAACGUUUAUAUGACACAAAUAACUUAUUAACAUACGUACCCCCAUCACUUGAAGAUCCAAUCACUGGUGUCUCUUCUAAAGAUGUUACAAUUUCACCACAUGUUUCUGCUAGACUCUACCUUCCAAAAAACACAAACAAUUCUACCCAAAAACUUCCCAUUAUAGUGUAUUACCAUGGUGGUGCAUUAGUUCUUGGAUCCGCUUUCUUUAACGCGUAUCAACGUUAUCUCAAUGUUUUGGUUUCUGAAUCGAACGCAAUCGCAAUUUCAGUAGAGUAUCGGUUAGCCCCUGAACAUGACGUGACUACAAUUUACGAAGAUUCUUGGACCGCACUUCAAUGGGUCGCGUCGCAUGCUAAUGAAAAAAAAUUCACUAGUGGUAAUGAAGAUCCGUGGAUAAAAAACUAUGGAGAUUUUAGUAGAUUGUCUGUAAUUGGAGACAGUGCUGGUGGGAAUAUAGUUUAUCAUAUGGCGAUGAGAGCAGGAAGAGAAGGUGGUAUUAAUGAAAAGGUAGCUAUUAAUGGUUCGAUUUUUGUUUGUCCUUACCUUUUGGUUCCACUUGAGAACAUUGAACAAAAUGUAUCGUACAAGAAUUGGAUUGUUAUUAGUUCACCAUCAGAAGCUGGGCUUCAUAGUCCAAUGAUUAAUCCACUUGCUGAGAAUGCUCCUAGUUUGUCUCAGUUAGGUUGUUCUAGGAUGUUGUUGUGUUUUGCGGAGAAAGAUGAAUAUAUUCCAAAAGAAAUUGGGGUUCGAUUCGUUGAAGGUGUAAAGAAAAGUGGUUGGAAAGGGGAUUUAGAGUUGAUUGAAGUUGAAGAUGAAGGCCAUUGCUUUCAACUAGCUAAUCCUGAAACUGAGAAAUCUCAAAAUUUGAUCAAGCGUUUUGCUGCUUUCAUCCAACUUAAGUGA